GAACAAUCCGAAUGAAUAUUGACCUAAUCACAGACGAGCAUCAAUCUGUUUACAUUCCGGGCUUUAGCGGAAGGGCUUUCUCGUAUUCGUAGGUGUGUGCUUAGCCUGGGCUGCCCCGGCCCGUUCUGGGAGCGCUUGUGUAUAUGGUCGACGAUAACCAGACAAGCAGUGCAGCUGCAGCGGCUUUGUUUUUCCGUAUACAUACCGAAAUAUGGAUAAAGAAGAAAUGGCACCAAGGGACGAUAAAGUGCCCCACUUUCUUGAUUUCCCGGCGGAACUGAUUAUAGCAGUACUGGACUAUCUUCCAAUCAGGGACUUGAAUCAAAUGUGUGAGACCUGCAGACGCCUGAGGGAGGUCUGUAGUCAGCUCAUGAUCUGGAAGAAACUUGGAAAGGGAUACAUACACUUUGAGAAUUCGUCUGGCAGAGCAUUGAUUACAAAUGUGAAAAGUUUAUCUUCUAAGGAGCAGUGUAGAAUUGCACAUAAUUGGAGCACGGGUUAUCACACGGAACAUCUGUAUACGAGAUUUAAAACUGGCUUGUUACCAUGGUUGCAGCUGACCAAUGAUCAUCUGUACAUCAGCGUAAUGAACAAGAUAUGCAGGUACAAGUUGAAACCAGGAGGCAGAUUACACCCCUUGCAGCAUAGCAAGAAAGAAGUCAAGUACACUGGUCAUUCGCAGGACAUCACCAAGUUUGUGGUCAAGGAGAAUAAUGUCGUCAGCAGUGGAGGUGAUGGUAGAGUGAUGGUGUGGGACAAGGCAAGUGGUAGAACGAUACAAUCCCUCCAGGCUAGCCUCUGCAGCCUUACGAGCGUCGAUGCCACAAGGGAGCUCAUCAUUGCAGGUACCAAUAACAGAGGGGUGCAGGUGUGGAGCCAAUCUGAUGGUAGAGAGGUACGCACUGUACCCAUCAGAGAUCGGGUGUGGUCUGUCACAGUAGACCCAUCACAAAGGUUAUUUGCCACUGGUACAUCGGGGAACACUGACUAUAAUUCACUCAAAGUCUGGGACAUUGGAACAACCCAAAGCACUGUAUGUGGAGAAAAUAAGAGGCAAGGGGAAGGCAUUCUGGACCUCCAUUUUGAGUCUUCUGAUACCCUCUUAUCUGCCGGCUAUGACACGUUUGUCAGGCAAUGGGAUAUACGUACACCAAGAUUGCCUGUGAUGGAGUUUGAAGAACCCAGCGACAAUGCUGUUUAUUGUAUCUCGUCUGAUAACAACUACUUUAUCGCUGCUGGAUACUGUCGCCAUGGUAUUGUUAGAUUCUGGGAUAAACGCAGGAGUGAUAUAUGUAUCCAGACGAUCUAUGUGGGAGGCAAUGUCAAAUCACCGGUGUACAGCCUUCAGUUCAACAAACACUGCCUCUAUGCUGCCUUAUCUCACGAUGUUUAUGUGCUUGACUUUGGUGCUUACAAACUUAAACAUGAGCAAUAUUUCAGCCCAUUUGAACAAGGAACGGUUCUGUCGCAAUUCUGAGAAAAUUAUCAACAAAGUAACCGUCCAUGAGCAGCCAGAAAUCAUGUCAGCGGACCAGUGUAAUUUGUUUUUUACAGAUGUGUAUAAAUCAGAUACUUGAUACUUGAUGAGGUAAUCCCUGAAGCAGCUUUUCCAAGCUAUACUGGGAUGGGAUGUGUUCUAACAGCAGGUGAAGGUGCAGACAGUAACAGAAAGAUUAUGAUUAUUUACACCUGGGGAUCACCCUUGAACAUCACCCCCUGAACUACGCAACUCGAUUUCAUAUCAGGUCCAUCAGAGCUUGUUUGUAGGUGACAACAGAGACUUGACGAUGCGCCACAAGACCAACUCACAUCUUGUGGUACUGAAAACUCUGAAUCAUUGUGUAGUGUCUACGAAGCUCAGGGAUCUUUAGAGCCUUCACAAUGUCUGUAGCUAUCCCUCACAGCGUUCAGCUCCUGUAGGUUAAGACAUUGACAAGACAGUGACUCGUUUUUGUAUCAGCGUCCAUCGGAGCCACUUUGAAGGUGAAAAUAGAGAUUUGACGGUGCCACAUGACCAACUCACAUCUUGUGGUACUGAAAACUAGGAAUCGUUGUGUAGUGUCUACGAAGCUCCGGGAUCUUUAGGAGUUUUCACUAUGUCUGCACCUAUCCCUCACAGCGUUCAGCUCCUGUAGGUUAAGAUAUUGACAAGACAGGGACUCGUUUUCAUAUCGGUGUCCAUCAGAGUCGGUUUGUAGGCGAAAACAGAGACUUGACGAUGCACCACAAUACCAACUCACAUCUUGUGGUACUGAAUACUCGGAACCGUUGUGUAUUGUCUACGAAGCUCAGGGAUCUUUAGAGUCUUCACUCACAGCCUCCAGCUCCUGUAGGUUAAGACAGUGACAAAGCUUGUGCUAUGUAGGAUGCACAUCUGAAUAAACAUUACAUUGGAAGCACUGAAUGUUCACUGUGUGGAGAAGGUGUAUAACAUCACUGUUCCUGGGUUGAGGGGUCGUAUUCAAUUCAGUACGCAGAUUAAGCUGAUAUACAUGUACCGUAAUACUUAAGAGUUUUACUUUGCUAAGUAAUUUGGUGUAACUCGUUUUCAGAUCCUUACUUAAGCAAGUCGACUUUAAGGCAACAAACUUGCAUUGUGUGACUUCACAUGGUCAAUCCAAAAUUAUGUUCAAUUAACGUGUCUCAUUAAAUGUGCGCUCUUAUAAUUGUGCGCAGCUUUAAAUAACUGUGUAUGAUUACCAUAUACCUGCCAAUCAAGGCCUCAAAAAUAAUUUUGGCUUUAGUCUGAUUGAGAGCUGUCUUAAACUGAGGGUAAAAUACUUAGCCAAAAAACUUCGACUGGAUACCAAAUUUGGCUAAGUUUUAUAUCUAAGCUGAAAAUUUAGUAAAAUACAUGUAUUUCUAAUUAAAAAUAAGUAUGGAAUUGAAUUAUGGCCCAUAUUUUCCCUAAAUGCUGAGCGAAAGGAGAAGGCUAGCUUUUACAGUUUUAUGCAAUUAUUUCUAGUAAACAUUAAAACAGACAAAAUACAGAGAGAGGAGUUAAGAAUUAGACCCCUUCUGUGUGGUGUAGUGAAUGUACACCCUGUGGUUUGGGAGUUGUUAAGUAAAGAAAACAAGUUUGUUUUAACAAUAAUCACCAGUUGUUAAUUCCUGAAACGGAUCAUCAUUAUAAAUUCAAGCAAAUACAGUGUAUAAUAAUAAUAAAGAUUAGGAUAGUAAUAAUAUGUCUUUUUUUACCCAGGGUAGCACCAUCAGUACCAAUACUGUUCUCCCUUAGCGCCGUGCAAUCAUAUUAUUACCCCGGCUUUAGCCGAGCUACCUUGAAAAGGCGCUCAAGCUUUCAAGGAAUUUAUUCCUACAGGGUACCCAUUUACCUCACCUGGGUGGAGUGUGCUGGCAAAUGUAGAUCAAAGUCUUGCCAAAAUGUGCUUUCAAACUGAUGUAUCAUGGAUGAAUUUUUAUUAUUCUGGUUAUGUGGUUGCAUUGUGAAAGAAACUGUGGAAGCAAUUGGAAAAUGUCAAUCAUGCAGCCCAUAGGAUUUGGUGUAUGUAUACUGUGAGGUUUGGGAACCAUCAAAAUGAUAAGAAAUAAGCCCAGUUUGGCUAAAGGUUACAUGCACUUUACACCAAAAUGUGUAUAUGGGACUAUACAAACAUGUGGCAAGAAAUUUGUGGUCCACCUUAAAAGUGGUUACUUGUCAUAUUUUGAAUAUGAGGGUUAUUGAAGAGCUGUCCUUUUUUUCUAUGAUACUCUUUGCAUUAACAUCAAAGAUAGGGAAAAGUUCAUAAAUUGUUUUACUAACAUUUACUAAAGGAACCUGUACAUAAAGACUGACUGUCCAUAAAGACCACUUUUCUUGUCUUCAUUGAGCGGUCUUUAUAUACAGGUUUCACUGUAUAGUGAUGUAAGAUCUAUAUUACCUACUACUGGUAUAAGGGGAAAAGACACAGAAUAUGUGUCUCCUUUACAUAUACAUUGUUAACAGAAUACAAUGAAGGGGUGAUUAGCUCGGUAUGUUAAGUGUCUGCUUGUUGAUCAUGUAUUCAAAUCUAGCCCAGGUUGAUGACUGAAACCUACCGGUACAAUGUGCUCCUCCCCUGUUCCAUAGAAUUUUGCUAGGUUUGCACUAGGAAAUACUCUGUCCCUCAAGAGGAGGAGAGUCGAUCCCCACUUUUGCAUAUUAAGAACCCACCGAACUCUUUGUAAAAGAAUAUGGGAAAACCCUGGAGUAGUGGUCCACCUGCAUAUCCCAAAAAGUUAUACUCGGAUAAUAGGGCGGUAUUCUGAAAGCUCAUUUAACUUUUCUUUUAACUUUCCUCUUAAGUUCUCAAGUUAAUUGAGCAUUUAAAGACCUCCAAAACUAUUCUGAAAGCUCACUCAGUGCUCAAAUACAUUGUGCGUCAUUAAAAUAUGCCCCUCCUCUUGUUAGCCCAUUUCCACCAAUCUGAUAGAUGCAACAAAGAUAGUUGCCAUGUAGAAUUGGUUUUAUUUAUGCUCCAAGUAUUUAGUCAAAGGAAUUUUGGCUUACAUUUAUCUAGAUUAUUCUCUUUUAUAUUUUCCUGAAAUUAUGAACUUUGUAUAUUACUAUUGCUAUUUAUAUUUAAAUUACAAUUUUAUUUUAACUCUGCC